AUGGCGAGCAACCAAGUGGCAGACGAUGCCGACGAUGAGAUGGUCCAAGUGGAAGCGAAAGUCGAGGCGCAGGAGGUGCAGGUGACCAAGAACAAGAUCCCAGCUGCCUCUCUGUGCAAGCUUUUCUCCAUGAUGGACUUCGUCGAAGUCGUUGUGCUGAUCGUCGGAUGCUUGGGGGCGAUUGGGAACGGCUUGUCCCAGCCUUUGCUGUGCAUUGUUUUCGGAGACCUCAUCGAUGGCAUGGGCGAAGCCACGGGCGGGGCAGAGUCUUUCACGCCCGAGCAGAUGUUGGGUGCGAUGGACGGCAUGAUGAGCCAGAUGGAGGAAUUGUGCAUCACCAUGAUGCUAGUAGGCGUAGGCGCGACCUUUGCAGCAUUCUUGCAGGGAGCCUGCUUCAAGAUCUUCGCUGAGAAGCAGGCCUUCAAGUACCGAGUGCUCUACUUCGACACGGUGCUGCACCAGGACGUGAGCUGGUUUGACACCAGGGAGGUCGCGGCCCUGCCUGCCGAGAUCAACGACGACUUGGAGAAGAUCCAGGAUGCUUUCGGAGACAAAUUCGGAAACGGGGUGAUGGCCAUUUCCGCCUUCCUUGGCGGCUUCGGCUGUGCCUUCGGAAUGGGUUGGCUCAUCGCAUUGGUGAUGUGCUCCAUUCUGCCCUUCAUGGGCGUCGGCGCCGCCUUCAUGGGAAAAGCCGUCCAGGAGAUCCAGAACGAGUCGCAGAGCUGGUAUGCCAAGGCUUCGGCCGUGGUGGAAGAGUGCUUGAACGCCAUGCGAACCGUCGUGGCCUUCGGCGGCGAGCACCGCGAACUGAAGAAGUUCUCUGCUGCCUUGGUGGAGACGCGCCGUGGCGGGGUGAGGAACGGCUUCAAGGUCGGUGCGGGCAUGGGUUACACCAUGAUGAUCAUCUUCUUGGGAUACGGCUUGGCCUUCUGGUUCGGCAUGACCCUGCGGUACAACGAAGAGUUGAACCCAGCCACCGGAAAGUAUUGGGAGCCCGGCACGAUCAUGGCCAUCUUCUUCUGCAUCUUCAUCGGAAGCUUCAUGAUUGGCAACUUGGACCCGAGCCUUAAGGCCAUGAAGGCAGCGCAGACGGCUGCCGGUCGCUUCUUCCGCGCCCUGGAGAACAAGCCCAACAUCCAAUGCCGCCUGGAUGACAAGCGCCAGGACAUCAGCAAAAUCGAGAAGUUCGAUUUCGAGAAUGUGCACUUCACCUAUCCAGCUCGCCCCGAUGUGAAGGUCCUGAACGGGCUUUCACUUAGCAUCCAGCGUGGGCAGAAGGUCGCGGUGGUCGGUGAAUCUGGCUCGGGGAAGUCCACGGUGAUGGCUUUGCUGGAGCGGUUCUACGACCCGGACUCCGGGGCUGUGCUGGUGAACGGCCAGAACAUGACAAACUUCAAGAUCUCGGCCUUGCGGCGUUGCAUCGGCUACGUGGGCCAGGAGCCUGUUCUUUUUGCCAGCUCCAUCCGCCACAACAUCAUGCAAGGCAACCCUUCCGCCAGCAAGGAGGACUUCGUGAAGGCCUGCAAUGAUGCUCAGCUCAGCUUUGUCGACAACCUGCCCGAGAAGUACAACACCUUCGUCGGUAGCGGUGGCGGCCAGCUGUCCGGAGGUCAGAAGCAACGCAUCGCCAUUGCCAGGGCCCUUCUUAAGAAGGCGUCCUUCCUCUUCUUGGACGAGGCGACGAGUGCUCUUGACAACACCUCCGAGAAGAUGAUCCAGGCCACCAUCGACAGCAUCAGUGCGAACACGGCCGAUGGCUUGGGGAUUGUGAGCAUUGCCCACCGCCUCAGUACAGUUCGCAACUCCGACCUCAUUUACGUGCUGAGCCGUGGGACCUUGGUGGAACAUGGCAAUCAUGCGUCACUGAUGGAGAAGAAGGGCACCUACUAUGCCCUGGUUGCUGCGCAGGAAUCCUCCCACAAAGCAGAGGAUGAAGAGAAGGACGCGGCCGCCAUCAGCAACGAGCAGACUGCGCAGAACGUCGUGAGGCGCUCCUCCACGAAUUCCGGCGAGUCGGAGACCCAGCGUGUGAAGCGGGAGAAGGACGCAGAAGCGAAUCGCGAGAAAGACAUCACGAAGAAUUACAAGGUCCCCAUGAGACGAUUGCUGAGCUACAACAGGCCGGAGUGGCCUUUCUUCAUUCCUGCCAUCCUUGGUGCCAUGGUCGACGGCUCUGCGAUGCCGGUUUGCACGAUUGCUUUGGUCGGCUCUAUGAGUGGCUUCUUCAAGACAGACAAGGAGGAGAUGAGGGAGGGGGGGGGCAUUUUUAUUGAGUUCUUCAAGUAUCAAGUCAACGAGAUGCGGGCUGACCUCGAGCAAAUGGCCCUGACUUUCGUGAUCAUCGGCGUCAGUGCCUUCAUCGGGUCCACAGUCUCCCACGGCUGCUUCUCCAUCCUAGGCGAGGCCAUGACGCAACGCCUUCGCGUGGCGAUCCUCACAGGCAUGUUCCGUCAAGAGGUGGGCUUCCAUGAUGAUCCGGCCAACACCCCUGGCAUGCUGUCCAAAGCUUUGGAGCUGUGGGCCUUCCGCGUGUCGACCUUGUGCAAGUCCGUACAGGCAAAGGCCGCGGCCAUGAGUUCCUUGGUGGUAGGCCUGGUGAUUGCUUUCGUCUACUGCUGGGAGAUGUCGCUCGUGAUGUUGGGUUCCAUCCCGAUCAUGAUCGCAGCGCAGGCCAUUCAGAUGCUCGUGUUGCUUGGUGCCUCGAAGAACGAGAACGAGAACAUCACGAAUGCCAACCAGAUUGUGGUGGACUCGGUGAUGAACGCUCGGACGGUGCAGGCACUGGGUGUGGAGAAGGGCCUCGUGGGCAUGUACGUGAGCUGGGUCGAGAAGUCCUUGGUCGGCAUGUGGAGGCGCAACAUCCUUGCCGGACUGGGCUUCGGCAUCUCCAAUGGCAUCAUGUUCUUCAUCAUGGCAGGUGGCUUCUACGUCGCGUCCCUGCUGAUCAAAGAAGGCAUCGCAGACUUCGAGGGCGUGAUGAUGGCUUUCAUGGGUAUCUUCUACGCAGGCAUGGGAGCUGGCCAGGCUGCUGUGAUGGUGGGCGACGCCACGAAGGCGAAGGUCGCCUGCCACGACAUGUUCCAGCUUAUGGAUCGGGUCUCAGCGAUUGAUGGCUUGGAGCCAACUGGCGACACCCCCAAGCAGCUCGAGGCUGGGCAGAUUGAGUUCCGAGACGUGAAGUUCUUCUACCCCUUCCGCCCAGAGAUCCAGGUGCUCAAGGGUAUCACUUUCAGCAUCUCCCGGGGACAGUCAGUGGGCCUGGUGGGUCCUUCUGGUGGUGGCAAGAGCACAGUGAUGUCCUUGAUCCAGCGAUUCUAUGAUCCUCAAGAGGGUCAGGUCUUCAUCGGUGCGGACCGCGUGGCGCUGAAUUCCGUGAACAUCCGUUGGUGGCGUCGUCAGAUCGGCUUCGUGGGACAGGAGCCCAUCCUCUUCAACACCACCGUUCGCGCCAACAUCAUGUAUGGCUUGGAUGACGGGGAGACGGUCAGCGACGAGUAUGUCAGUCAGUGUGAGAAGAUGUCGAACCUGGCAUUCUUAUACAAGAACGGCAACAAGGGUUUGGAGACAGAGGUAGGGCCCCGGGGAAGCCGCCUCUCAGGUGGCCAGAAGCAGCGUGUGGCGAUCUGCAGGGCCCUGAUCCGCAAUCCGCCGGUGAUGUUGCUCGACGAGGCCACCAGUGCCCUUGACACGCAGAGCGAGGCGAUCGUCCAGAAGGCGUUGGAGGCAGCACGCGAGGGGCGCACCUCCUUCGCGAUCGCGCACCGCUUGUCCACCAUCCAAGGCUGCGACGUCAUCCUAGUGAACGCCGACGGCCGCGUCGUGGAGAAGGGAAACCACGAAGAGCUGAUGGCCAUGAAGGGGGUGUACUACAAGCUUCAGAUGCAGGUUCGAUGCGGCUCGAAGCGGUUCAAGGCUGCUCUCUUGCCGCUGGCACACCUCAACUCUCGGAUGGCGAGCAACCAGGUGGCAGACGAUGCCGACGAUGAGAUGGUCCAAGUGGAAGCGAAAGUCGAGACGCAGGAGGUGCAGGUGACCAAGAACAAGAUCCCAGCUGCCUCUCUGUGCAAGCUUUUCUCCAUGAUGGACUUCGUCGAAGUCGUUGUGCUGAUCGUCGGAUGCUUGGGGGCCAUUGGGAACGGCUUGUCCCAGCCUUUGCUGUGCAUCGUUUUCGGAGACCUCAUCGAUGGCAUGGGCGAAGCCACGGGCGGGGCAGAGUCUUUCACGCCCGAGCAGAUGUUGGGUGCGAUGGACGGCAUGAUGAGCCAGAUGGAGGAAUUGUGCAUCACCAUGAUGCUAGUAGGCGUAGGCGCGACCUUUGCAGCAUUCUUGCAGGGAGCCUGCUUCAAGAUCUUCGCUGAGAAGCAGGCCUUCAAGUACCGAGUGCUCUACUUCGACACGGUGCUGCACCAGGACGUGAGCUGGUUUGACACCAGGGAGGUCGCGGCCCUGCCUGCCGAGAUCAACGACGACUUGGAGAAGAUCCAGGAUGCUUUCGGAGACAAAUUCGGAAACGGGGUGAUGGCCAUUUCCGCCUUCCUUGGCGGCUUCGGCUGUGCCUUCGGAAUGGGUUGGCUCAUCGCAUUGGUGAUGUGCUCCAUUCUGCCCUUCAUGGGCGUCGGCGCCGCCUUCAUGGGAAAAGCCGUCCAGGAGAUCCAGAACGAGUCGCAGAGCUGGUAUGCCAAGGCUUCGGCCGUGGUGGAAGAGUGCUUGAACGCCAUGCGAACCGUCGUGGCCUUCGGCGGCGAGCACCGCGAACUGAAGAAGUUCUCUGCUGCCUUGGUGGAGACGCGCCGUGGCGGGGUGAGGAAUGGCUUCAAGGUCGGUGCGGGCAUGGGUUACACCAUGAUGAUCAUCUUCUUGGGAUACGGCUUGGCCUUCUGGUUCGGCAUGACCCUGCGGUACAAUGAAGAGUUGAACCCAGCCACCGGAAAGUAUUGGGAGCCCGGCACGAUCAUGGCCAUCUUCUUCUGCAUCUUCAUCGGAAGCUUCAUGAUUGGCAACUUGGACCCGAGCCUUAAGGCCAUGAAGGCAGCGCAGACGGCUGCCGGUCGCUUCUUCCGCGCCCUGGAGAACAAGCCCAACAUCCAAUGCCGCCUGGAUGACAAGCGCCAGGACAUCAGCAAAAUCGAGAAGUUCGAUUUCGAGAAUGUGCACUUCACCUAUCCAGCUCGCCCCGAUGUGAAGGUCCUGAACGGGCUUUCACUUAGCAUCCAGCGUGGGCAGAAGGUCGCGGUGGUCGGUGAAUCUGGCUCGGGGAAGUCCACGGUGAUGGCUUUGCUGGAGCGGUUCUACGACCCGGACUCCGGGGCUGUGCUGGUGAACGGCCAGAACAUGACAAACUUCAAGAUCUCGGCCUUGCGGCGUUGCAUCGGCUACGUGGGCCAGGAGCCUGUUCUUUUUGCCAGCUCCAUCCGCCACAACAUCAUGCAAGGCAACCCUUCCGCCAGCAAGGAGGACUUCGUGAAGGCCUGCAAUGAUGCUCAGCUCAGCUUUGUCGACAACCUGCCCGAGAAGUACAACACCUUCGUCGGUAGCGGUGGCGGCCAGCUGUCCGGAGGUCAGAAGCAACGCAUCGCCAUUGCCAGGGCCCUUCUUAAGAAGGCGUCCUUCCUCUUCUUGGACGAGGCGACGAGUGCUCUUGACAACACCUCCGAGAAGAUGAUCCAGGCCACCAUCGACAGCAUCAGUGCGAACACGGCCGAUGGCUUGGGGAUUGUGAGCAUUGCCCACCGCCUCAGUACAGUUCGCAACUCCGACCUCAUUUACGUGCUGAGCCGUGGGACCUUGGUGGAACAUGGCAAUCAUGCGUCACUGAUGGAGAAGAAGGGCACCUACUAUGCCCUGGUUGCUGCGCAGGAAUCCUCCCACAAAGCAGAGGAUGAAGAGAAGGACGCGGCCGCCAUCAGCAACGAGCAGACUGCGCAGAACGUCGUGAGGCGCUCCUCCACGAAUUCCGGCGAGUCGGAGACCCAGCGUGUGAAGCGGGAGAAGGACGCAGAAGCGAAUCGCGAGAAAGACAUCACGAAGAAUUACAAGGUCCCCAUGAGACGAUUGCUGAGCUACAACAGGCCGGAGUGGCCUUUCUUCAUUCCUGCCAUCCUUGGUGCCAUGGUCGACGGCUCUGCGAUGCCGGUUUGCACGAUUGCUUUGGUCGGCUCUAUGAGUGGCUUCUUCAAGACAGACAAGGAGGAGAUGAGGGAGGGGGGGGGCAUUUUUAUUGAGUUCUUCAAGUAUCAAGUCAACGAGAUGCGGGCUGACCUCGAGCAAAUGGCCCUGACUUUCGUGAUCAUCGGCGUCAGUGCCUUCAUCGGGUCCACAGUCUCCCACGGCUGCUUCUCCAUCCUAGGCGAGGCCAUGACGCAACGCCUUCGCGUGGCGAUCCUCACAGGCAUGUUCCGUCAAGAGGUGGGCUUCCAUGAUGAUCCGGCCAACACCCCUGGCAUGCUGUCCAAAGCUUUGGAGCUGUGGGCCUUCCGCGUGUCGACCUUGUGCAAGUCCGUACAGGCAAAGGCCGCGGCCAUGAGUUCCUUGGUGGUAGGCCUGGUGAUUGCUUUCGUCUACUGCUGGGAGAUGUCGCUCGUGAUGUUGGGUUCCAUCCCGAUCAUGAUCGCAGCGCAGGCCAUUCAGAUGCUCGUGUUGCUUGGUGCCUCGAAGAACGAGAACGAGAACAUCACGAAUGCCAACCAGAUUGUGGUGGACUCGGUGAUGAACGCUCGGACGGUGCAGGCACUGGGUGUGGAGAAGGGCCUCGUGGGCAUGUACGUGAGCUGGGUCGAGAAGUCCUUGGUCGGCAUGUGGAGGCGCAACAUCCUUGCCGGACUGGGCUUCGGCAUCUCCAAUGGCAUCAUGUUCUUCAUCAUGGCAGGUGGCUUCUACGUCGCGUCCCUGCUGAUCAAAGAAGGCAUCGCAGACUUCGAGGGCGUGAUGAUGGCUUUCAUGGGUAUCUUCUACGCAGGCAUGGGAGCUGGCCAGGCUGCUGUGAUGGUGGGCGACGCCACGAAGGCGAAGGUCGCCUGCCACGACAUGUUCCAGCUUAUGGAUCGGGUCUCAGCGAUUGAUGGCUUGGAGCCAACUGGCGACACCCCCAAGCAGCUCGAGGCUGGGCAGAUUGAGUUCCGAGACGUGAAGUUCUUCUACCCCUUCCGCCCAGAGAUCCAGGUGCUCAAGGGUAUCACUUUCAGCAUCUCCCGGGGACAGUCAGUGGGCCUGGUGGGUCCUUCUGGUGGUGGCAAGAGCACAGUGAUGUCCUUGAUCCAGCGAUUCUAUGAUCCUCAAGAGGGUCAGGUCUUCAUCGGUGCGGACCGCGUGGCGCUGAAUUCCGUGAACAUCCGUUGGUGGCGUCGUCAGAUCGGCUUCGUGGGACAGGAGCCCAUCCUCUUCAACACCACCGUUCGCGCCAACAUCAUGUAUGGCUUGGAUGACGGGGAGACGGUCAGCGACGAGUAUGUCAGUCAGUGUGAGAAGAUGUCGAACCUGGCAUUCUUAUACAAGAACGGCAACAAGGGUUUGGAGACAGAGGUAGGGCCCCGGGGAAGCCGCCUCUCAGGUGGCCAGAAGCAGCGUGUGGCGAUCUGCAGGGCCCUGAUCCGCAAUCCGCCGGUGAUGUUGCUCGACGAGGCCACCAGUGCCCUUGACACGCAGAGCGAGGCGAUCGUCCAGAAGGCGUUGGAGGCAGCACGCGAGGGGCGCACCUCCUUCGCGAUCGCGCACCGCUUGUCCACCAUCCAAGGCUGCGACGUCAUCCUAGUGAACGCCGACGGCCGCGUCGUGGAGAAGGGAAACCACGAAGAGCUGAUGGCCAUGAAGGGGGUGUACUACAAGCUUCAGAUGCAGGUUCGAUGCGGCUCGAAGCGGUUCAAGGCUGCUCUCUUGCCGCUGGCACACCUCAACUCUCGGAUGGCGAGCAACCAGGUGGCAGACGAUGCCGACGAUGAGAUGGUCCAAGUGGAAGCGAAAGUCGAGACGCAGGAGGUGCAGGUGACCAAGAACAAGAUCCCAGCUGCCUCUCUGUGCAAGCUUUUCUCCAUGAUGGACUUCGUCGAAGUCGUUGUGCUGAUCGUCGGAUGCUUGGGGGCCAUUGGGAACGGCUUGUCCCAGCCUUUGCUGUGCAUCGUUUUCGGAGACCUCAUCGAUGGCAUGGGCGAAGCCACGGGCGGGGCAGAGUCUUUCACGCCCGAGCAGAUGUUGGGUGCGAUGGACGGCAUGAUGAGCCAGAUGGAGGAAUUGUGCAUCACCAUGAUGCUAGUAGGCGUAGGCGCGACCUUUGCAGCAUUCUUGCAGGGAGCCUGCUUCAAGAUCUUCGCUGAGAAGCAGGCCUUCAAGUACCGAGUGCUCUACUUCGACACGGUGCUGCACCAGGACGUGAGCUGGUUUGACACCAGGGAGGUCGCGGCCCUGCCUGCCGAGAUCAACGACGACUUGGAGAAGAUCCAGGAUGCUUUCGGAGACAAAUUCGGAAACGGGGUGAUGGCCAUUUCCGCCUUCCUUGGCGGCUUCGGCUGUGCCUUCGGAAUGGGUUGGCUCAUCGCAUUGGUGAUGUGCUCCAUUCUGCCCUUCAUGGGCGUCGGCGCCGCCUUCAUGGGAAAAGCCGUCCAGGAGAUCCAGAACGAGUCGCAGAGCUGGUAUGCCAAGGCUUCGGCCGUGGUGGAAGAGUGCUUGAACGCCAUGCGAACCGUCGUGGCCUUCGGCGGCGAGCACCGCGAACUGAAGAAGUUCUCUGCUGCCUUGGUGGAGACGCGCCGUGGCGGGGUGAGGAAUGGCUUCAAGGUCGGUGCGGGCAUGGGUUACACCAUGAUGAUCAUCUUCUUGGGAUACGGCUUGGCCUUCUGGUUCGGCAUGACCCUGCGGUACAAUGAAGAGUUGAACCCAGCCACCGGAAAGUAUUGGGAGCCCGGCACGAUCAUGGCCAUCUUCUUCUGCAUCUUCAUCGGAAGCUUCAUGAUUGGCAACUUGGACCCGAGCCUUAAGGCCAUGAAGGCAGCGCAGACGGCUGCCGGUCGCUUCUUCCGCGCCCUGGAGAACAAGCCCAACAUCCAAUGCCGCCUGGAUGACAAGCGCCAGGACAUCAGCAAAAUCGAGAAGUUCGAUUUCGAGAAUGUGCACUUCACCUAUCCAGCUCGCCCCGAUGUGAAGGUCCUGAACGGGCUUUCACUUAGCAUCCAGCGUGGGCAGAAGGUCGCGGUGGUCGGUGAAUCUGGCUCGGGGAAGUCCACGGUGAUGGCUUUGCUGGAGCGGUUCUACGACCCGGACUCCGGGGCUGUGCUGGUGAACGGCCAGAACAUGACAAACUUCAAGAUCUCGGCCUUGCGGCGUUGCAUCGGCUACGUGGGCCAGGAGCCUGUUCUUUUUGCCAGCUCCAUCCGCCACAACAUCAUGCAAGGCAACCCUUCCGCCAGCAAGGAGGACUUCGUGAAGGCCUGCAAUGAUGCUCAGCUCAGCUUUGUCGACAACCUGCCCGAGAAGUACAACACCUUCGUCGGUAGCGGUGGCGGCCAGCUGUCCGGAGGUCAGAAGCAACGCAUCGCCAUUGCCAGGGCCCUUCUUAAGAAGGCGUCCUUCCUCUUCUUGGACGAGGCGACGAGUGCUCUUGACAACACCUCCGAGAAGAUGAUCCAGGCCACCAUCGACAGCAUCAGUGCGAACACGGCCGAUGGCUUGGGGAUUGUGAGCAUUGCCCACCGCCUCAGUACAGUUCGCAACUCCGACCUCAUUUACGUGCUGAGCCGUGGGACCUUGGUGGAACAUGGCAAUCAUGCGUCACUGAUGGAGAAGAAGGGCACCUACUAUGCCCUGGUUGCUGCGCAGGAAUCCUCCCACAAAGCAGAGGAUGAAGAGAAGGACGCGGCCGCCAUCAGCAACGAGCAGACUGCGCAGAACGUCGUGAGGCGCUCCUCCACGAAUUCCGGCGAGUCGGAGACCCAGCGUGUGAAGCGGGAGAAGGACGCAGAAGCGAAUCGCGAGAAAGACAUCACGAAGAAUUACAAGGUCCCCAUGAGACGAUUGCUGAGCUACAACAGGCCGGAGUGGCCUUUCUUCAUUCCUGCCAUCCUUGGUGCCAUGGUCGACGGCUCUGCGAUGCCGGUUUGCACGAUUGCUUUGGUCGGCUCUAUGAGUGGCUUCUUCAAGACAGACAAGGAGGAGAUGAGGGAGGGGGGGGGCAUUUUUAUUGAGUUCUUCAAGUAUCAAGUCAACGAGAUGCGGGCUGACCUCGAGCAAAUGGCCCUGACUUUCGUGAUCAUCGGCGUCAGUGCCUUCAUCGGGUCCACAGUCUCCCACGGCUGCUUCUCCAUCCUAGGCGAGGCCAUGACGCAACGCCUUCGCGUGGCGAUCCUCACAGGCAUGUUCCGUCAAGAGGUGGGCUUCCAUGAUGAUCCGGCCAACACCCCUGGCAUGCUGUCCAAAGCUUUGGAGCUGUGGGCCUUCCGCGUGUCGACCUUGUGCAAGUCCGUACAGGCAAAGGCCGCGGCCAUGAGUUCCUUGGUGGUAGGCCUGGUGAUUGCUUUCGUCUACUGCUGGGAGAUGUCGCUCGUGAUGUUGGGUUCCAUCCCGAUCAUGAUCGCAGCGCAGGCCAUUCAGAUGCUCGUGUUGCUUGGUGCCUCGAAGAACGAGAACGAGAACAUCACCAAUGCCAACCAGAUUGUGGUGGACUCGGUGAUGAACGCUCGGACGGUGCAGGCACUGGGUGUGGAGAAGGGCCUCGUGGGCAUGUACGUGAGCUGGGUCGAGAAGUCCUUGGUCGGCAUGUGGAGGCGCAACAUCCUUGCCGGACUGGGCUUCGGCAUCUCCAAUGGCAUCAUGUUCUUCAUCAUGGCAGGUGGCUUCUACGUCGCGUCCCUGCUGAUCAAAGAAGGCAUCGCAGACUUCGAGGGCGUGAUGAUGGCUUUCAUGGGUAUCUUCUACGCAGGCAUGGGAGCUGGCCAGGCUGCUGUGAUGGUGGGCGACGCCACGAAGGCGAAGGUCGCCUGCCACGACAUGUUCCAGCUUAUGGAUCGGGUCUCAGCGAUUGAUGGCUUGGAGCCAACUGGCGACACCCCCAAGCAGCUCGAGGCUGGGCAGAUUGAGUUCCGAGACGUGAAGUUCUUCUACCCCUUCCGCCCAGAGAUCCAGGUGCUCAAGGGUAUCACUUUCAGCAUCUCCCGGGGACAGUCAGUGGGCCUGGUGGGUCCUUCUGGUGGUGGCAAGAGCACAGUGAUGUCCUUGAUCCAGCGAUUCUAUGAUCCUCAAGAGGGUCAGGUCUUCAUCGGUGCGGACCGCGUGGCGCUGAAUUCCGUGAACAUCCGUUGGUGGCGUCGUCAGAUCGGCUUCGUGGGACAGGAGCCCAUCCUCUUCAACACCACCGUUCGCGCCAACAUCAUGUAUGGCUUGGAUGACGGGGAGACGGUCAGCGACGAGUAUGUCAGUCAGUGUGAGAAGAUGUCGAACCUGGCAUUCUUAUACAAGAACGGCAACAAGGGUUUGGAGACAGAGGUAGGGCCCCGGGGAAGCCGCCUCUCAGGUGGCCAGAAGCAGCGUGUGGCGAUCUGCAGGGCCCUGAUCCGCAAUCCGCCGGUGAUGUUGCUCGACGAAGCCACCAGUGCCCUUGACACGCAGAGCGAGGCGAUCGUCCAGAAGGCGUUGGAGGCAGCACGCGAGGGGCGCACCUCCUUCGCGAUCGCGCACCGCUUGUCCACCAUCCAAGGCUGCGACGUCAUCCUAGUGAACGCCGACGGCCGCGUCGUGGAGAAGGGAAACCACGAAGAGCUGAUGGCCAUGAAGGGGGUGUACUACAAGCUUCAGAUGCAGGCGCAGAAGUGA